CAUGGUUCACUUAACUGUAUUAAUAUAUUGAAGAACAUGAUAAUAUUCCCUGUUUUAGACGAAUUACAUGUCUAGCUUAUAGGAACAGCGUCAGUUAUCAAUUUUGUCAUAUCCCCGAUUUAACAAUGUCGGGGAAGAAGUGCAAGCAUUGUGGCUCUUCGGAGAUAGAAGUAGAUCCCGCUCGAGGUGAUGCAGUGUGUACAAACUGCGGAACUGUGUUGGAAGACAACAUUAUAGUAGCCGAAGUAGAGUUUCAAGAAAACGCUCAUGGAGGGGCUUCAGCUAUUGGCCAGUUUGUGUCUGCUGAGUCUAAAGGAGGCGCAACUGGCUUUGGAGGAGCAUUCAAUGCGGGCAUUGGUCAAGAAUCCAGAGAAGUAACAUUACGGAAAGCCAGAGAUGGCAUCACAGCACUCUGUCAGCAACUGCGACUCAACCAGCAAUGCAUAGACAUAGCUUGCAACUUUUUCAAGAUGGCUCUGUCCCGGCACCUGACCAUUGGCCGGCCGGCGAGCCACACGCAGGCGGCUUGCGUGUAUAUGACGUGUAGAACUGAGGGCACGGCGCACCUGCUAAUCGACAUCAGCGACGCGCUUCAAAUAUGCUGCUACCAGCUUGGCCGCACGUACUUCAGGCUCUCUAGGGCUCUGUGCAUCAACAUUCCACCUACUGACCCAUGUCUCUACAUCCUGCGAUUCUCAUCACAACUGCAGUUCGAAGACAAGUCUCACGAAGUGAGCAUGACAGCUCUUCGGCUCGUGCAGAGAAUGAAGCGCGACUCCAUACAUUCAGGAAGGCGGCCGUCCGGCAUCUGCGGCGCUGCCCUCCUAAUCGCCGCUCGCCUACACAACUUCUCCCGUACACCAGCCGACGUGGUCCGGAUAGUGAAAGUCCAUGAGUCCACGCUGCGCAAGAGACUCCUGGAGUUCGGAGACACUCCGUCGAGCGCGCUGACGCUUGAGGAGUUCAUGACAGUGGACCUUGAGGAGGAACAGGACCCGCCGGCGUUCAGAGCGGCGAGGAAGAAGGAUAGAGAACGGUUACAAAAGUUAAUGGAAGAAGAGGACGGCGAGAAGGAAAUGACUGACCUGCAGAAAGAGAUAGACGCACAGUUAGAAAAGGACAACUCGAGAAGAAAGAAGGCAGCCGCCUCGGCAGCAACACCCUCGACUCCCCUGACAUUAUUAAGCGAUGAUGGCACAUCAGAAGACGCGGAGGCAUCCCGGUUCGCCGCUGAAGACACGUUAAAUCUCCUCGGUGAAAUCGCCAGCGAGGUGCAGCCCAAAACAGAGGCAUCGCAGAAGCAGGAGAAACUUAAACUGGAGAAAGGACUAGGUCCAGACUUAGCAGUAAUAGGUCUAGGCAAUAGGCCUGACCAGCCCGAAGAGAAGGACAAGUUUCUAAAACCCGAGCCGAAGCCCCAAUUCGGCGCGGACCUGGUCGCCGAUGAACUCAUACUGGCUCCCAGUGACGAAGAUUAUGUCAGCUCGCUUAUUAUGAGCGAAGAGGAGGCGAGGCAUAAGACGCAGCUGUGGAAUAAGAUUAAUGCCGGAUACUUGAGGGAUCAGAAGGUCAAAGAAGAAAUGCGAGCCAGAGAAAAGGAGGAAGGCAAAGACAAAAAGAAGAAAGUACGAGGCUCAUACAAGAAAAAGACUCCUUGCAACGCCGCCACGGCCGGAGAAGCCAUUGAGAAGAUGUUAGCUGAGAAGAGAAUCAGUAUGAAGAUUAACUACAAUAUAUUGAAGACGCUGGACCAUCCGGGGGCUCCGAUGUCCCCUGUUAGAGAGGCUACCCCUGUCCCUGAAGCUAAACCGGCCACACCCGCCCCGGUACCAGCAUCUCCAGUGCCCAAGAAACGCAAGAAGAAGGGUCCCCCCGCCACACUCAACGUGGCCAGCCCCGCCCCCUCCCCCUCCCCCUCCCCCUCCCCCGCCGUCGCCACGCCGGCGCCCGCUACUCCUGCGCCAGUCAUCAAUGCUGGUGAAGAUUACGACGAGGACGUAGAAGUGGAACCUCCCGCCGCCGCGGAAGAGCUGUCUUUAGGCGCCCUACUCCAAAAUGGACAGGACGACGACUAUUAUGAUUACGAGGAAUACUAA